AUGGCAGAACGUGCACCUAAGGAGAUAAAAAAUGGCUGUUCGGCUGGUGAUGAUGCAGAUUUCAACAUCAAUGGUGCCGAUAUCCAGGUGUUGUCUGAUCCCUUUUAUAUUCAUCAUUCUGAUAAUCCUGGAAAUGCUUUGGUGUCUCAAAGUUUUAAUGGAGAAAUUUAUGGAACGUGGAGUAGAGCCAUGGUGAUGGCUCUCUCAGUGAAAAACAAGAUCAAAUUUAUAGAUGGUUCAAUUAUAGAACCAAAUAAGAAUGAUCCUAACCACCGUUUGUGGGUUAGGUGCAAUAAUCUUGUAUUGUCUUGGAUUCUGAAUUCUGUCACCAAGGACAUUUUAGUAAGCAUCAUAUACUCAACUAAUGCUAGAGAAGUCUGGCAAGAUUUAAAAGAGCGUUUGACACAAAGUCUUGCUCCCAGGAUUUUUCAAAUCCAGAGUUCCACACAAUUACAGCAGGAUACUAUGUCUGUUGCGUUGUAUUAUACUAAACUAAUGGCUCUUUGGGAUGAACUUGGUUCCUACUCUCUUGUUCCUAUUUGCUCUUGUGGUGCCAUGAAGGCAUAUUCUGAUCAAAUCCAAAGAGAAUGUGUUAUGCAAUUUCUUAUGGGUCUAAACGACUCUUACAAUUCAAUCAAAGGGCAUAUUCUACUUGUUGACCAUCUCUCAAAUAUAAAUAAAGUCUAA